AUGCCGGGAGACCAGCCCGGAAGUCUCUCCAAGAGCCCCAAAGUCCAGGAAUCCCCACCAAAGGAUUCAGAAACAGCGCCCACAGUCCGGGGCCCCUCUGAACGGCCCCUCCCCCGUCCCCGUCUCCGUCCCGUACUCACCCCGCCCGGGGGGCCGCGCCGGGGCCCGGCGGCCUCUCAGGGCCGCGUCCUCCGGCGGCGGCGGCGGCGGCGGCUGCUCCGGAGCCCCAUGUCCGUCGGUCCGUCCUCGCCUCUCCCCGGGGCCCAGGGCCCGGGGCCGGGGGGUCGGGCCGCCCCCCCGCCUCGCCGCCUCACCGGGCGGCCAUGGCCCCUUCCCCUCCCUUCUCGUCCCGUCGCCGCCUCCUCCUCCUCACCUCACCCCGCCCGCGCGCAGUCCGCGCGCCGUCCGCGCGCCCCUCCCCCCGCCCCCCACUCCAGCCCGCCUCUCCCGGGCGGGGGGUGCGGCGCGAGCCCGGAGCGCGCGCGCGUGCCGCGACCGGAGGAUGGAUGGAUGGAGCGAGCGAGAACGCGAGCGUGCGCGCGCGCGCCCCUCUCCCCCUCCCUCCGCGCGGGCGCGAGGCCAAGCGCGAGCGCGCUCCAACCUCCUCCUCUUCCUCCUCCCGCCCCUCUUCAACACCCCGCCCCCGCCCUCCCUUCCUCUUCCUUCUUUCGCUUUCGCGCGCCCAGCGACUGCUCGCGCCUGCUAGAAGGGCCCGAGCGCGUGCAUCUGCCCCGCGGCCGCAGCUCGGCAGCAUUUGCUCCAGGGGGCGGGGACCGGGCGGGGAGGAGGGGCGCCACGCCGCCGUCCAAAGUACCGGCGGACGGGGACGGGGGCGGGGAGAUGGGCGGGGCCUUCGGGAGCAACCUCGGCCAAUCGCCGUCUCGCCUCGGUCCGGCCGGCCCAAUAGGAUGGCGGUGGGUGGAGCGACGUUCAAGCCCACUCCAGGCCUGCGAGCCAACGAACGCCCGAGAUGAGGGUCCUCCGCUGAGGGCGGAGGCCGAGCUGUGCCCUUCUGAGCGGAGCGCCCUCCCCGCCCUCAGCCUAAUAUAGAUCCCACACCUGCUCGGCUUUCGGGCUUCCGGAACCCACGCUGGACCCCCCACCUCUCGGACAGCCUGCCCGGCACUAGCCAG